CUCUUUCUCAUUCAAACAGAGCCUGCUCUGGUUCUUCUUCCUUUUCUUCUUCUGUUACCACUUUCUUUGAAAAGCUUAACAAAAUGGCGAUGAAACCCAUUAACGUAUUGAUCACAAAGCCUUCACCUUUGGGAAGCAUGGUGGUGAUGCUGAUCCUAUGCAUUAUGGGUUUCUAUGCCCUGCAUUUCCCUCACUCUUCGUCUUCUUCUUCAUCAUCUUCCUCCACUCACUUAGAAGCCCUCUUCCUCUCAACUUCCUCAAACUCCAGCAUCUCCUCCUACCUCCGCGACCUCACCAUGCACCCUCACCUCGCCGGAACAAAACCCGCUUCCGACACCACUCGCUACGUCAUCAAUCACUUCACUUCCUUAAACCUUCAAACCCACACCGUAACCUACAACACACUCCUCUCCUACCCCGUGCACUCUUCCCUAUCCGCGCAUUUUGGCGAUGGCUCUUCGUUAAACCUUCCCCUCACCGAACCAACCGUACCGGGCGUGGUGCCUCCCUACCACGCGUACUCUCCGUCAGGUGCGGUUCACGCGCCGGCGGUGUUCGUGAAUUACGGGAGGGAGAAGGACUACCGUGCGUUGGGGUUGAUGGGGGUGAACGUUAGUGGGUGCGUGGUGAUAGCGAGGAAAGGAGGGGACUUGGGGAGGAGCGCGGUGGUUGAGAGGGCGGAGGCAAAUGGGGCGGCGGCGGUGUUGAUUUACGGCGAGAGUGACACGUGGCGGAAGGGUUUCGAGAGAGGACACGUGAUGAGGGGCAUAGGGGACCCACUUACUCCUGGUUGGGCUGGGGUUGAUGGUGCUGAGAGUUUGGGUUCGGAACAUUCUGAGGUCUUGAAAAGGUUUCCUAAAAUUCCAUCCAUGCCCUUGUCUGCUGACACUGCUGACACCAUUUUGUCCUCUCUUGGAGGUCUUCCUCUGCCCCAGGAAUGGAGGAGCACGCUGCGGUCCAAGUUCAGAAAUGUUGGUCCUGGCCCCACCUUUCUCAAUUUCACUUACCAGGGUGAGAAGAAGGUGGCCACCAUUGAAAAUGUUUUUGCUGUUAUAAAGGGAUGGGAAGAACCUGAUCGAUAUGUUCUGCUUGGGAACCAUAGAGAUGCAUGGACAUAUGGUGCUGUUGAUCCCAGCAGUGGGACAGCUGCGCUACUUGACAUUGCACGUCGAUAUUCUGUUCUAUUGGGCUCAGGGUGGAAGCCAAGGAGAACAAUCAUUCUCUGCAGUUGGGAUGCAGAAGAAUUUGGGAUGAUAGGAUCCACCGAGUGGGUUGAACAAAACCUUAUUAAUCUGGGUUCCAAUGCUGUAGCAUACCUUAAUGUGGACUGCGCUGUUCAAGGCCCUGGUUUCUUUGUUGGCUCAACUCCUCAGCUAGACAGUCUUAUUCUUGAGGUCACAAAAAAGGUCAAGGAUCCUGACUCUGAGGGUGUAUCGGUAUAUGACAAUUGGGCUGCUGCUGGUGGAGCCAAUAAUAUUCAGAGGCUUAGUGGAGUUGAUUCUGAUUUUGCUCCGUUUGUGCAACAUGCAGGGGUUCCAUCCAUUGAUAUGUAUUAUGGAAAAGAUUUUCCUGUCUAUCACACUGCUUUUGACUCCUAUAACUGGAUGAUAGAGUAUGGAGAUCCAUUCUUUCAGCGCCAUGUUGCUGUCACUGGAGUUUGGGGGCUUCUAGCUCUUCACUUGGCUGAUGAUUCCAUUCUUCCUUUCAAUUACGUUUCAUAUGCAAAUGAGUUACAGUUGUACAAUAACAUGUUGAGCAACUUGAUAGACCAGCAAAUUUCUCUGCAUCCGGUAACUGUGUCAAUUCAAAAAUUUGCUUCUGCUGCUAUAGAAGCUGAUGAUGAAUUAAAGAAACUGAGAUUGCAAGAAACUACAGGUUGUGUUGCAGACAUGAAAAAGAGAGCGUUGAAUGAUAGACUAAUGCGUGCUGAAAAAGGCUUCCUGGAUGCAGAUGGACUUCAAGGAAGGAAGUGGUUCAAGCAUCUUGUGUAUGGGCCUCCAAGUGACCAUGAAAGGCUGAAUUUCUUCCCUGGGAUCACUGAUUCCAUGAUCAUUAGGUCAACAAAUGGAGGAGAAAGAGAAAGGCUAGCAGCAAUUCAACAUGAGAUAUGGAGGGUUGCCAGAGCCAUUCGUAGAGCUGCUUCUGCACUCAGAGGAGAAUUCACCUGAAAACUGAUAGGAAAACACAAAGAUAUAUGUUUGUGUUACCUGUAAAUCUAGUAGUGUUUCUUAAUUUCUUUUUUCACACGAGUGGAGUAGUUAGCUGUAUUUUGGUGUACAUACUGUACAUUAACCUUUCAAAAGUCAGCAGUUGCCACAUUUGAAAUAUAAAUAUAACUU